AUGUUUUAUCGUCCGCUUUUGCCCGGUAUGGAAAGGAUCGCUACGAUAAAAAUCCUUCGUAGCUGUGCACAUUUUCCAUCCGAUUUCGCAAGCGGCUUGCUGGAGAUCCACCAGAGAGCUGUUAAGAAAUUGAUAAAAUGGAUGCUGGAGUUGCAACCCGAAGACCGUCCAUCGGUGCAAAAUCUUCUCGAUAGCGAUCGUGUUCCAGUCGUUGAAAUUGAAGAAAAUGAUUUUCAGGUAUGA